ACACACACUCCGCAGAGGAAUGCACCCCAGACACACACACAACGUAUGUUGACAACAUUCCUGACCUCUUCAGAAAACUGGCAACAAGAAGAUAACAUGAAGAACUCCAGUCUUCCAUCGAGGCUGUUUGACAGGAAUUCAGCAGCAGGGUCAGGUGAAACUAGGAGUUCAGCAAAAUAUCAGCGGCAUGUGGACUGUGUGGAUCAAUCUCAGGGUGGUGACGCUCAGACUGUCUGCGCUGACAGCAGGUCGAAGGAGAGGUGGCUCAGAGAAAUAAACUUUGCCUUUCGGCCAGACAGGUAUGAGCCUCUGAUGGACGAUGAGGCGAAAGGAAAGAAGAAAAAGAGGAAAGAAAAUUACAAGAAAGUGAAGAAGAAUGUUGGAAAGGCCCUUCGCACCACCUGGAAGUGUUUCAAGCUCGGCCUUCACAACUUUGCCUUGGCUUACUCCACUCCCAUCACAGUGGCUGCUGCUUUUGCUCCUGAAUUUUAUUAUGACAGAGACAAGACUUGAGCUAUCUGCAUGGAUUUCCCUCAAUCUCGUCUUCAACCAGAGACUCAAAGACUUUGUACAUUGUUAUAAUGCUGUGUGUUUAAAAAAUACAAUAUAUAAAACUUUUUG